AAUUUGUCGUUAUUUUGGAAAUGUUUAAAUCGAAUAAGCAGUCGGAGAAAAAUCACUGAACAUUAAGGACGAUCAUCUGAAGAAAUUCGAUUUUUUCAGAUUUCUUUUUUCGCCAAGGGUACAAGCAAAUUUUAACAACAUGAGCUCAAUUGAUGAAGAUCUGACUCCUGAGCAAAUCGCUGUUUUGCAAAAAGCAUUCAACAGUUUUGAUCAUCAAAAGACGGGAAGUAUACCUACCGAAAUGGUUGCCGAUAUUCUCCGCCUGAUGGGUCAACCAUUUGACAAAAAAAUUUUAGAAGAGCUUAUCGAAGAAGUGGAUGAAGACAAAUCCGGACGUUUAGAAUUUGAAGAGUUUGUACAAUUGGCGGCAAAAUUUAUUGUGGAAGAAGAUUCUGAGGCUAUGCAAAAAGAGUUACGUGAAGCUUUCCGUUUAUACGAUAAGCAGGGUAAUGGCUUUAUACCGACAACCUGCUUAAAAGAGAUCCUCAAAGAAUUGGAUGAUCAGUUAACUGAACAAGAACUUGAUAUUAUGAUUGAAGAAAUCGAUUCGGAUGGUUCCGGUACAGUAGAUUUUGACGAAUUCAUGGAAAUGAUGACGGGCGAAUAAUCUGACCCGAUUUGAGGCAUUAAAAUUUUAAAUGGCUAGUAUUUCCUUUUUUACUUAAUAAAAAAAAAAAAAGAAAAAAAACGAACAUUUUUCACUUAUUCGCAAAAGGAAUCACAGCUCUUUUUCUCUAUCUCUCUCUCUCUCUCUCUAUAACUUGUUAUGUUUCCCGUAGACGUUAAUUGGCGUCUUAAUAGUGUAAAAGCAAGCAAAAAGAAUUUAAUAAAUUAAA